GUCUAUAUUUGUUGUUAUACUCAGAUACUCUUAUUACUUACUCAUGUAAAUUAUAAUUUAUAAAUUAUGACUGAUAUUACAAGACCUCAACGAUUCCAUGCUGAAAAUUUAAUUAAAAACUGAAUGUAAUGUUCUUUCGAAUAGAUUGUUUUUACAAGAAGACUUGGAGUCUCGCGUUGGUGUUGGAUUUGAAAAUGUUGACCACAAAAUGAAUCGUUAUGGACGAGCAACAAUCAGUGUCCGAAAGCGUGGAAACGAGUUCUAUAUGUGAAGAAGAACGGGCUAGGAAACUAUUCCAAGCCUGUGAUGGCGAUGGCGAUGGUUACAUCGAUAGCCGAGAUCUGUUGACUAUUUGUCGUCAGUUAAAUUUAGAAGAUAGUGUUGAUGACUUGAUGAAAGAAUUGGGUGCUGAUAAAUCUGGUCGUAUAUCAUUUGAUGAGUUUGUUAGACGUCGUUUGGAAUUACGAACAGAAAUCAAUGCACUUCGUGUUCACAUCUAUGACCCAUUGCCUGAAUACUUGCCUACCAGUAGUGAUAAUAGCUUGGGAGCAUUAUCUGGUGGUAAACAUGAAAGCUGGGAAUUUGAUAGUGGUGCUAGAGACCUAAGUCCUGAACCAAAUUCUGUUCGUAUGCAAAAUUUGUUACAAACGGGAGGAUCAGCUAACUCUGGAAAUUUACUACAUCUUGCUAACAAAUUGCAUUUAGCUGCAUUGAAGUCAUUGAAAACUGAAAUAUCAGAUUUAACUAAACAAUUGCAAUUGGCCAAUGAAAAAAAUGAUAUUCUUGAAACAUCUAUAAAUCAAAUCAAAGUUACAACAGAAAUCGAUAUAAAACAAAAAUAUGAAGAAAGAAUAACUGAAUUGCAUUCAGUCAUUGCCGAAUUAGCCCGUAAGUUACAAGUUCAAAGAUCUCAGGUUAUUACUGAAGAAAUAGAAGAAAGCCAAUCAGAAAUUGAUGCACAAAGUAUUGAAACAUCCUCAUUUAUUCAAGAAUCUAUUGUUUUAUCUAAAGAGGGUGACUGUGGAGCUUGUUUUGAUGACCAUGAAACCAAAACUGAUACAAUAUAUAAUGAUGUACAUACUAAAUUGGCUUUAAAAGAAGAUGAAUUAAAGAAAACAAGAAACAAUUUGAAAGAAGUGACAGAUGAAAAAGAAGAAUUAUUAUUAAAGCUACAGGAUACAGAAAGUAGUUUUUCAUCCGGUCCAAUGUCGCCAUCUCGUUUAUUAAUGGAAACAUCUAAAUUAGCUGAAAAAGUUAAACUACAAAAACUUAUUGAAGACAGUGCAGAAGUCAACCUUGAAGGCACUAGUAUAUGUCAAAAGGCUAUAGCUGAACGUCUUGCAUCAGCUGCAAUUUCUGAUUGCAAUUUAUUAGAAUCUGGAGACAAGGAAGUUUUAAAGUGCCAAGUAGAACAAUUGCAAACACGAUUAGAUCAUGUACGUGCACAAAUGGCAGUUCUUGAGCUUAUGUUUGAACAAUCGGCUGCUCAAACUGAUAAGUUAUAUUUAUUGUUGGGAAAAUAUGAAUCAAACAUGAUUGCACUAAAAUUAGAGGUAGAAACUGGUGAAGAAAUAAUGAACUGUUAUUCAUCUUUAUUGUCCAUUUACGACGGUUCAGCAAACGAAGAAGAGAAAACGAUGAAAGAUGAAAUUAUAAAGUUGUUGCACAGUUUAGAUGAAGAAAAGAAAAAAAUUGGAUCAACAGUAGUUGCUUUAGAAUCAUAUCAUUGUGAAGAAGAGACAAUCAAACCAAGAAGUCGUAAUCAAGUAACUCGCAUUGAUUUAGAAAUGGCAGUUCUUGUUCAAGAACUGAUGGGAAUACGAGAAGAAAAGAGUGAACUUCAAGAACGUUAUGUAACAUUGCAAAAACAUAACUGUGAGUUGGAAAAACGUUUAGCAGAGUGCGAAGAACGAUCUAGAAUAGAUUCAGAUACAAUUCAAGCAUUAGAGCAGCAAUUGUCAUCUGAAGACUUUGAUAGUAAUGUUAGUGUAAAUGUUAAGCUACAGAAACAGCUAAAAGAUGUUACAACAGCAUAUCAACUCGCAACAAGAAAUUCUGACACUAGACAUAAGCAAAAUAUUACAUUGAUUGAAAAACUCCGCAAUGAGAACACAACACUGGAACGUAAUUUGGAAAGGGCUAAACGUAAAUCUCAAUCACGUUUAAAGAAAUUGGAGUCUGAAAUUGAAAUUAUGGUCAGCACACACACUCUUCAGGUGAACAUUUUAAAAGAAAGGAUUGCAGUAUUGGAAUCAACCAUUAUGAAUAAUGAGAUCACUAAAAGAAACGAAACUACUUUAUAAACUUAAACAAAGUUAAUUAGUCAUAAAUCAUAAUAUUUGUGCGAUAUUUUUAUUUUAUUUAUUGUAUCCUUAGCUUAAAAUUAAUGAGCAUUGCUAGGCUUUACUUCAGUUCCUUGAAAAUAUACGACUUAAGUACAACAUAGUAAAUAAUAUUAAGCCGUAAAAUACUCAAAUUUUAUGAUCUAAUGGUAUGACUACAAUAUUAUGAAUAACCCUAGAUAUUUAUUAAGCUAUAUUAUUAUAUUAUAAUAUUUAUGUAGCUGUUACAUAAUAAUAAUACUUAAUAUUAAUAUACUUAUUAUAUUUUUACAACUUACUAUUAACAAAUUAAAUUAUAUAAAUAUAUAAUACUUACCGAGUGUGGUACCAAACGUCGACAAUUGAAAUAUCGAAAAGUAUGAAAUAUUGACAUAUUAAAAUAUCGACCAUUUUUUUUUUUAAUAAUAAAAAAUUAAAAGUAUUGUUAUACACUUAUACCUAAUAAAAAUUACAAUUUUGGAAUUUUAGUUUCUGAUAAUAAAAAAUAUGUUUUUAAUUAAAUAAUUUUGAUUAUUUAAAAUCGGUUUUAAAAAAAAAUUUGUUUUUAUAAAUAUUUUUACAACAAACCAUUUAUCUGAAUACAUUUUAAUUUAUCAAUAUAUUUUUAUCUGGUUUGUCGAUAUUUCAUUCUUUUCGAUGUUUUCACAAUCGGCAUGUUUAAUGUCUGCUUUUCGACUGGCUUCCAUACAUACUAGUGCAAUUUAUCAUGAUAGUAUGACUAUCAUACAUAUUUGAUACUCAAGUUUUUUAUGUGUUUUUUAAAUAUAGUUUAUAAGUUUGAUGUAGGCAAAAUGCUUUAUUUUAUAAUACACAUUUUUUAUACUUUUUUUACAUGAAAUAUAAAAUUGUGAAAAAAAUAAUACAAGAGAA